CAAUAAUGGAGCUAGAUCCAAAUGACUCUAUAUUAUUCAAAGAGAAAAUUCAGAGACUUUCUGUCGCUGAACUCGACCAAAUCCUUGAAGAAGCAAAGUCUGCAAUAGACAUACAGGAGAGUAAGCAAGACCAACACUUGGCGAGGCUUGAGUGGAUGAGGAUGAGACUCACAAUCUAUAACAUCAAGUCUUGAGAAGAGAACCUAAAGGUGUUUGAAGAUCUAUAUCAGAAUCUAGUUAGUCCAGAACCAGAGAAUGAGGAAGAAGUUAUCCCACUCAAGUACAAGGCUGAUUUCUUGAAUUUGUUCCUCGAUAUUUUCAUGUACAAUGGAGGAUACACAAGAUGCCAGGUUAUCAUGGAGAUUUUCAAAGAUCUUUUAGAUGACAACCCUACUGAUGACUUUGUUGCUUUUAAAUACUACUCAGCUUACCUGAGUGUAGCGAUAAAUUACAUGACUUUGACAGCGGAGACUCCUGAAGAAUACAUUGCAAUUAUAUCUGAAGAUAUUUCCGCUCGAACAUUUUGAAAAGAAGCUAGCACACACUUAAAUUGGUUAGAAAAAUAUCUAAGGGCUAAAUUUUACAUAUCAAGGGAUUUUGAUAAGUGGCUAUUAUUAUGAGAUGAACUAUUAGCAAUUUGUAAGUCUACGAAGUCAUUUGCCUACAUAAGAGCUCUUUCAAACCCCACUUCUGACAAUAAAGGAAAUUUUGAUAAGAAAUUAAAAGACAGAAUAAAUCUAAUUAUUUCUUUGGCUGAAAAAGAACUUCAGACUCAUCCAGAGCCAGAUUUAGCUGAAUGUCAGAUUGGAAUAAAUAUAGCUAAGAUUCCUGAUAUUUUGGAAGCAAAAGACAAAGGAGCACUCUCUAAACUCAUAAAUAAUCUUGAGGACUUAAUGAAGCAUCAUAGAUUAAACAAGUGCUCUACAUUGUACAACCAGAUAACAUGCUGCAUGUGAAUAUUUGGAGCUGUUGGCUCAGAUAAUUUAGAGUAUUCUUCAGAUCAAGAUAUAAUCUUCCGCUUUAACAGAGAUCUGGAAAAAUUAAUCGUUGAGGCUACAUAUGAAACAAACUAUUGAAAGAUGGAAUCUUUUGGAAUUGCUGUUGCUUUUGAAGAGAUUAUAGGAGCCCUAAUCGACUACAAAGUUGUCAAGAAGUAUGCUGACACCAUCAAACAAGACAAGUUGACAUAUAUUGCGUUCAUGGGAUCUUUCUCAAUAAUCAAUGACUUCGGCUUGAAGUCAUACGUGGAGACUGCUCUUGAGUAUUGUGAAGAUCUUGGUAUUGGCAAGCUUCACCAAUUCAGAAUUGACCUGGACUUCACAGAUAACUUUCUUGCAUGGCAAAUGGAUAAAGACUCAAACAAGGCUGAAGCAAUGGCUAACUUCGACUCACUCGCUAAGUUGUACGAACAGAAUAGGAAUCCAGUGACGGAGAAGAAGCUCGAGGUUAUCUAUUCCAUACAGUUAACUAUGGCUGAAAAGCUUUGAGACCCAGAAAAAUACGUUGAGGCUGCACAGAAAUACCUUGCCACACAAAAAGUUCCCACUGAAGCUAAUGAUAUUAUCUACACCAAAAUAUCUGGGAUUCUUUACAGGAAAGGAGAUGUAGCCCUUGCUAAUAAAGUGUGUAAUGAUUUUAUAAAUUAUGCGAAGAACGCAGGAGAGAACACUAAGUCUUUCCAGAAAGCUCUCACAAAUAAGCUCACUCUCUGAUUGAACAGGACUGAUUCACCGGAAUUUGUAGAGUUUUCUCAGAAUUAUGAGCAAGUCACCAAGAAUGUUUAUGGCCAGAAUUCAAUGGAGCAUGCUCAUGCCAUCAAACUUCUGAGUCAGGGCAAAAUGCUGACGGCACAAUAUCAAGAGGCUUAUCAAAAAGCCCUUGAUUGUUACGACAUUUACAAAGCCCAGUUCGGGUCCGAAGUAAACUCUGAAAGUUCAGGGGUCCUGACUGAUAUGGCAUUCAUCAAGAGCCGCUUGUGCGAAUUUGAAGAUGCUGAUAACCUAAUCAAGAAAGCAAAGGAGAUUGAACAGAAAAUAACCUCAAAGUAUUCGCCCAAAUAUUAUAUGAUCAGGCAAGGAGAAGAUGCAAUCAAUAAGAAAAGGAAAAGACUUGAAGCGGAGAGAAAGCUUCUAAUUGGAGACAGACAGUUUUCAAAGACUAAAUUAACCCUUGGGCUGAUUGGUAUUGGCUUAGCUGCAUUUGGAGCAAUUUACUACAUCAAGAGCAAGAAGUCAGAAUAACAGCCAUCUAUUUUUAGUGUGC